GAUUUUUGUAUUUUUAGGUUAAAGUUUGGUUCUAAAUUGUAGUCGUUGUCGUUUUUGAGGGAGUUAUAAUUAAUUAGUAUAAUUUGCAUAUGAAUUUAUAAGUUUUCAACAAAUUUUGAAAUUAGAUAAUAAAAGUUUAUGCUGGAGAUCAAAUUUCUGGAUUUUUCGUUACAUGUAUCGUUACAAUUUUAUAGGAUUUUCCCGUUACAUAUUUUCUUGUGGUUAUUGACAAAUUUUCUUUGUUUAUCACUUUCUCUGUUUCUGCAGUUUUUUUAGCUUUACUUUUCUCUUAUUACUUGUUUAACACUCAUAUAGUCAAGGGAUUAAAUUAUGCGUAAACUCGUAGCAAAAGCAAAAGAAAACAAAUACGUAAAGCUUUAAGUCAGUAUCUAGCCAUGGGGACAGUUUCACUCUCUAUCGAAUUUCAACACUGCACGAUUGGUAUCUCUUUCUCAUAGGAACUGUUUUCCUUCUUCUGAAGCUUCAAUCUUUUUAUCAUUUUUGAGCUCUUUUCUCAUCUGGGUACUGGUCAAAUAUGGAAUUGGAGCUUGUUUGGUUGCUUAGAGCGGCUUGGAUUGCUGGUACUUUGCCUAUACUGGUUGCUUCAAUACCUAGUUCAAGGCUUUCUUCGGUUCAUGGACUUCUAUUGGAUUUUGCUAAGAGAGGGAAGAUAAUGAGUUCUUCUUCAAAAAGAUUCACACUUCCUCAAAAAUACUUCGGCCAUUUCUAUGCGGUAGCUUCGGUGUGGACAACAUUUCUGCUCGUUGCAACUUGGAUGUAUGCAUACAAAACAGUGCCAAUAGUUUCCAAGCCUUUUCAUUAUUCUACGUUUGCCAGCCAAAUAGCAGGGGGUUCUCAAAUCUUUUCAUGGCUCCAAAGUCAUACAGCUCCGGUGGAGUAUAAAUAUAGCGUUUGGAGAUCUGUGUUUCUGCUUUUGUUGAUGGAUGUUCAAGUCUUGAGACGCCUUUAUGAGACAAUAUAUGUGUUCAAUUAUAGUUCCUCAGCUCGGAUGCACAUUUUGGGUUAUUUGACUGGCUUCUUUUUCUACACAGCAGGACCACUGUCACUUUGUUGCAACUGCAUUCCGGAGGUGUACAAAUUUGUGUUGAAUGGAGUUGCUGAAUUCAUUGUUAUAGGCAAGAACCGCAUGCCAGCCUUCGAAUUGGACUGGUGGGAAUUUGUGAUUCCCCUUGUAAAGCUUGGCUGGCUACAGUGGAUUGGUGCAGCAAUAUUUUUCUGGGGUUGGAUUCAUCAGCUUCGUUGCCAUGCUAUUCUUGGCUCGCUUCGAGAAAACAAAGCACAAGCAGAUGAAUAUGUAAUUCCGCACGGUGACUGGUUCAAAAUUGUGUCAUCUCCUCACUAUCUGGCUGAGAUUGUUUUAUACUUCGGUGUUUUGAUUGCUAGUGGAGGAAGGGACCUUACAAUCUGGUUACUCUUUAUAUUUGUGGUGGCGAAUUUAGUGUUUGCAGCAGCGGAAACCCAUAGAUGGUACCUUCGAAAAUUUGAGAACUACCCCAGAAAUCGGCUUGCGAUUAUUCCAUUUGUUUACUAAGAGUAGAGGUGGACAUGGAUUCUUUAAGUUAGUAACUUUAUGGGAUGUUCUUAACUAAAUCUUUGAACAUAAUCUGUUUUACCUUAAACAAGUAACAAGGAUCAUCACUAAAGAGUCAUAUUAAUUGUUUUGAGUCUUUGUAAAGGAAAGAUGUUUUGCUCCCUCAUAUUGGGAGGAGCAACUUUUUUAAUAAAGUGAAGAAGGUUUGUUCAAA